GUAUGUUUGAACAUGGAACAAGAUAGAAAAGAGAAUAUGGAGUCUGAUGUGGUCGAGAGUGAUGACUUAAUUCUAAGCAAUGAAGAAGAUGAAGAAACUGAUGAGGAGGUUGAAAGACUCACAAGUCCAUCUCCUUCAAGGCCCAGAGACAAGAUGGAAAGCCAACCUGACCCACAGGCUGCUUUGAUGGCUGGUCUCAAGCCAAAAUAUGUUGAGCUACCACCAGAAAAACAUGAUAACCAUAUAGAGGCUGAUGCCUUAUCUAGCCGUCCUUCUGAUUCUAAUACUGUAGUGCAUCAAAUGGAUUUAUCAAUAAAUGGCAAUGGUUUAGGAUAUCAGUUCAUGGACUCAUCACCAGAGAGACUGUUCAAUCCAAUACAUGUAUCUGCAACAAGUUCUUUGGCAGGAACCCCUGUGUUUGAUAUUGAACACCCAAGGCGCCAAAAACGUAUCUCUGAAUCAACAUCAACAUCUGGUGUAAUGUUGGAUAUGAAUAGAAUGGUCCUCGAACGACUUCGAAAUGAGGAGCACUCUUCAUUGUUACCUGUGCACAUUGAAUUAUUUGAUCUAAGAACCUCUGAUUUCUGCCAAAGAAAGUCUUUAAAAUUAGAUUACAAAAUUCCUGGCACAAUAACAGAGUAUAAUUCUGAACAUGAAAUUGAUAUUGCACAAAUUAUUCUUGAGAAGUAUGGAGACAAGGAAAAAGAUGUUGUGUGGACAGAGCCAAAACUUGUCAAAUAUCGAGACAUUGUACAGGUACAAUACCAGCACUUCGGCAUGAUAAAGGCAAUCAUCUGCAGAAAAACUUCUGGAGAAGAACAUUUUAAAGAUGUUGCUUUUAUAAGGUUCAUCCAAGAUUCUGAGGCUGUGUAUCCAAGAGAGAUUUAUGCAGGUAUUUUGGACUCAAAUUUUGCACCAUCUGACCUGAUUGAGUGGUCCUUCAAGAAGCAACAGGGACUCUUGCAGAAAGCUGAAUAUCAAUCAAUAAAAGACACUGAAUUCAAAGUCUUCGUUCAGCAUGAAAACUCUACUGAACUAAAACAGAUGAAAACAUUGAGCAGUCUUGUCAAGUUGAGUACAAUCUGGAUUGUCAACAAGAUCCCAUUAACUGCAACAUUGUUGUAUUUCAUGUCUGACAAUGCCAAAAUGGAACUUUUCUACAAGGGUUACUUAACUGAUACCCUCUGUGAAAUUCAACAAGGGAUCAUUCGAGAGUUCUCUGCUGCCAUGGGAAUAGAUAAGAGUUCUCAACAUAUCUGGCUUUGUAAAGUUACGAAUGACUCAAUGACGGGUCCUCCAUUAAGAGAUGCAGAUUGUGCCGCCUUCCUUCACCUACAAGUCAUGCCUCAGAGAUUCUUUGAUGUUGGUUAUAACCAUAGUGUUUUCGAUAGUCAUUUUGUACAAAUGAUCAAGAAAUUUGUUAUGGAUGUAGAAGAUCCAAGGUCUAUGUAUGUUGAGGUGACCUACAGGAGAAGCAAGACACCUACAGGACGACGACGUUUAGCUGUCAGUACAAGUGGAUAUAACUCGGAAGAUUUGGUGAUCAUUCCCCCAGAUUGCUCAGUGGCAUACCUGAAAAGAAAGCUUGCCAAGCGUUUUGGCAUUCCGCCAUGUCGCCAGAAGUUGCAGCUGGAUAAGACUAAAUUGAGGGAUGACAAAGUUCUCCAAACUUACUCCCACUUCAAAGAGGGAUGUAUGAUUAUUAUGUUGGAAGCAACACCGCUGAAAAUUAUUCUGAUGUGCAGCGAUGAGAAAUAUUUUUCAAUGGAGGUGUUCAAGUCGCAAACUGUGCAAUCAGUGAAAGCCAACCUUGGGCAAUAUUGUGGAAAUAUAAGUCCCUACAAUAUUUCACUAAGUAUGUCUGAUUCUGGUGAAUAUAUGGAAAGUGAAAGCUACCUUUACCAGUACAACAUAUCCAGAUCAUUGGACACCAAAAUCAGGGCUUUGUACUUCCCUAAACGUGCUGACAUCAUCAUUAUACACAGGCACAGGAAAUUUGCUUGCACAGUGGAUGAAACUGAUAGCUGUACUAUUAAGAAAUUGAAAGAACAUCUUGAAGGUUCCACCAAGCUUGCCAGUAAGGACCAGAUACUUAUCAGUAGGGACCGUUGUCUAGAUGAUGAUGUUGUCAUUGAAGGGCACAGUGUUAUCAUUGUUGCCGAGAGGAGCAAGACAUGGUGGUACAUGGAAAAGACUGAGGCCAAAGAGGUUAAGGAGCAUAGAGAACUGAGGAUUGUUUGCCAAUCAGGAUACAAAGAUAACAUUCUGGUAGAUAACGAACUUUAUGAGGCCCCAGUGGUGAAAGGAAAGAUGUAUCUUGACAAAACUCCAUUAGAUCCUGCUGCUAAUACAGAUACUGCUGAGGAGGUUAGUCUCAACCAGCAUGGUUCCUGCUGCGGCAUAACAAUCAGGGCUGCCACACGGGGCAGCCAUAUCUCAAAUGCCUCCCAUCAGAAAAUUGCAAAAAGCACAUCACAUAGUUCAGUGCAUGAUAUUGACACUUUAGAUAGCAUAUCAUCAACAAGAUCAAGUGAAGUAAAAACAGCUGAUACAAUAGCCAUCGGUGAACCUUCUGAAAUCCCUAUUGGACUUCAUGAUGCUCCUGCAGCAACAUGUCCUGCACUGGAAGUAGAAAGUGACCCUGACAGCUUUUGCAGUAUGAAUAGUAUAAAGGAAACUGAGAUUGCUCCCAAAGAUGAUGAUCAAUCUAAAGAAAUCUGCAAGCCCAACUCGCAUGAUUUCCCACCUGAGAUGUUUCACCAAAGGGAAAUCAAGAAUUUUCUCAGAGAAAUAUCUCCUUCUCAUCCACAGCGUGUGACAGUAGAAGUGAAACAGAAGAAAACGGCUGAUGAAUGGACCCAGAGCAUAAUUUACAGUAGUGACACCAAUCCUGACCCAGACACUGAUUCUGGCCUGAGUAUCCUUGAAAGGUCAGGUAGCAUCCAGCCACUGGAUUUGGGGCCUGAUUGUAUGUCUGACAGAGAGGUUCGUGCUGUUGCUGAGCAGAUGGGUAAAGAUUGCAAGCAGUUAGGGAGAGCAUUAGAUAUUGACGAAAAUGCUCUUUCAUACAUUGAACGUAACUUUAAAGAUGAUCAACAUGAGCAAAAUAUCCAAGUUUUAAUAAAAUGGAAGAAGAAAGGCAGAGCUGCAACAAAAGAUGUACUGGUUGAGGCUCUCAAAGCUGUAGGAAGACAAGACAUAAUUGACAAGUUUCCAUUUUUGCAUCAACUUGAAAUGAAUGACAGUGUCAGUUAAGGGAAAAUGGAGGUAAAUUUUGGUCUUGGAAGAGAUUUCUG